UUGAGAGUUUGUAUUUUGCAAUUGCUCAAUAAAAAACCCCAGUUUGUUUUCCGGAUCACGUGACCUCUGCCUUCAUGACGAUUCAUACGUGGGUUCCUCAUCCGGCUCCUGAGAUGCGUUUAUACCGCCGCCAUAUUGCAACGGGGUUCUUCGGGUCAGCCCAAAAUAAUAGACCAUGCCAGACUUUUGUGCCGCUCUCGGCUGCUCUAAUCAAAGGAACGCCAACACCAAGCAGCAGGGAAUAACUUUUCACAGGUUCCCGAAGGACAAAGUUAAAAGGCAGUUAUGGAAAAUGGCCCUGAAGAGAAGAGACUUUGAGCCAAAUCACCGCUCGGUUGUCUGCAGCUGUCAUUUUAAAGCAGAAGACUUUGACAGGACUGGACAGACAACUCGUAUAAGAGAAGGAGUGAUCCCAUCAGUUUUUUUAUUUACAAGACAUCUUGGCAAGGCACAUACUGCAACCAGAACAAGCAGGACCUCUCAGAAAGCUGCAGAAGAACCCCCACAGGUGCAGGCUGUGGAGCAAACAGCAUCUGUGAGUGACAGCUGCCGUUUAAACAUUCUGGACCUUCAUCAGUUAGAAAGCCAUUUUUCAUUCAGUCGUAAUAUUUUUCAGGAUCAUCAGUAUGCUCUAGACCCAGUGCAAGUAAAAAAGCGGUUAAAUGAGGCCCGGGAGAAGUUGGAAGAAUUACGUCGGGACUUAAGGAAUGCUAAGGAUCGGGAAAGAAGGCACAAAAAGACAGUAAAAAGCUUGCUGGAGGAUUUGAAACACAAACACAUGCUCUCAGAAGAACUGCAGCAAAGACUGGAUGAUAUUCUGCUUUCCUAA